ACCGCCGGCACCGCCGGCACCGCCGGCACCCCCGGCACCGCCGGCACCACGGCCGAGCCGCUGCAGGACGAGGCGGACAACCAGGAGAACGUCCUCUCGCAGCUCCUAGGAGACUAUGACAAGGUGAAGGCUGUGUCCGAGGGCGCCGACUGCCGCUGCAAGUGCCUGGUGCGGCCCCUGGGACGCGGCGCCUGCCAGAGGAUCAACGAGGGCUCCUUCCGGGCGGAGGAUUUUUACACGGUGGAGACCAUCACGUCGGGCCCCAGCUGCAAGUGCGCCUGCGUGGCCCCGCCGUCGGCGCUCAACCCUUGCGAGGGCGACUUCAGGCUGAAGAAGCUGCGGGAGGCUGAGAGCAGCGACCUCAAGCUCUCCUCCAUCAUGGAGAUGCUGGAAAGCGCCUUUUAYGGCUUGGACCUGCUGAAGCUGCACUCGGUCACGACGAAGCUGGUGGGCCGGGUGGAGAAGCUCGAGGAGAGCAUGUCCAGGAACGUCACGGAGCGGAGCCAUCGCGCGGGAGCAGGCGGGCAGGAGCAUCUGCAGGAGCCGCACGGCCGGGACAGGGAGAACUGCUCCAGCCUCCUCACCAACAGCCUGGCUGACAUCGAGGGCUCGCUGCAGCGGGAUGCGGAGGCUGCCUAUGUGCACACGGAGGGAAAAUAUGAAGAAAGAUUCCUGAAAGAUGAAACCAUCUCUCAGCAGAUCAACUCCGUUGAGUCCCUCCCAGAGCUUCACCUUGUUCCAGAGGAUGAGAAGUCAAGGCAGCUCUUGCAGAGGAAACUGCACAUACGGAGCCGGCCUCCCUCCAAACCCACCAUUGUCCGAGGGGUCACCUACUACAAGGCCCACUUCACAGAUUCAGAGAACGACAUCGAGGAGCAGCCGGACGAGCUCUUCAGCGGGGACAACACGGUGGACCUGUUCAUCGAGGACCAGCUGCUGCGGCCCAGCAGCCGGGCCGGCGAGGGCGCCAGGAAGCCGGCGCCCGUGGGGUGGCCGCCCACCGCCGAUGGCGCCGCCGCCACCGCCGCGCCACCCGCCGGCACCGCCACCACAGAGCCCCCGGUGCCCGCCGAGCCCACGAGCGGCCCCGUGGCGCCGCACGCCGCCACGGCCCCCGUGGAGCUGGCGGGCACCGAGCCCUCGUGGCUGCCGACGGCUUCCACCCCGGCCAGCGCGGCGGCGCCCACGGCGGCCGGGAGCCUCCCCACCGCCAGCGGCGGCGUCCCCAGCCCUGCGGAGGUCACCGGUGCCACGAGGGACGUGGGGACGAGUCCCGCCACAGGAGCGCCGGAGGAGGCGAGCACUCCUACCAUGCCUGCCAGCCCCACCAUCCCCGCCACCCCCAAGCAGGUCCUGGAGGAGGAGGACAUAAGGAACAUCAUCGGGCGCUGCAAGGACACGCUGUCCACCAUCUCGGGGCCCACGACGCAGAACACGUACGGGCGCAACGAGGGCGCCUGGAUGAAGGACCCGCUGGCCAAGGAGGAGCGCAUCUACGUCACCAACUACUACUACGGGAACACGCUGGUGGAGUUCAGGAACCUCGACAACUUCAAACAAGGGCGCUGGAGCAACUCCUACAAGCUCCCGUACAGCUGGAUUGGGACAGGACAUGUCGUCUACAACGGCUCCUUCUACUACAACCGGGCCUUCACGCGCAACAUCAUCAAGUACGACCUGAAGCAGCGGUACGUGGCCGCCUGGGCCAUGCUGCAUGAUGUGGCCUACGAGGAGUCCACGCCGUGGCGGUGGCGCGGCCACUCAGACGUGGACUUUGCUGUGGAUGAGAAUGGCCUGUGGGUCAUUUACCCGGCCAUCAGCUACGAGGGCUUCAACCAGGAGGUGAUCGUUCUCAGCAAGCUGAACGCCGCCGACCUCAGCACCCAGAAGGAGACCACRUGGCGGACGGGGCUGCGCAAGAACUUCUACGGGAACUGCUUUGUCAUCUGCGGGGUGCUCUACGCCGUCGACAGCUACAACAAGAGGAAUGCCAACAUCUCCUACGCGUUUGACACGCACACCAACACGCAGAUCAUCCCACGGCUGCUCUUUGAGAAUGAGUACGCCUAYACCACCCAGAUAGACUACAACCCCAAGGACCGCCUGCUCUACGCCUGGGACAACGGGCACCAAGUCACCUACCAUGUCAUCUUUGCCUACUGAGACCCCAGCGACAGCAGGAUGC